AUGACGCUUCUCGACGCCCACCUCGAGCAGAUCUCUCUCUGCUCCACGUCAAUCGCCGAGCUGCCCUUCCCCCGGCCAAAGAUAUUCGCCAAUGCUUUGCUGCACCCGCACGACAUUACAGCUCUGAUCCGUGACACCGAGUCGCACGAGCGCGCUCUCUUCUCCGUUCCCGCUCCGUCUAAGGCUCCUGCCGCCCAGGAACCCGCCCCGCUCGCCGCCUCCAACCGCCGCGCUACCGUAUUCAAUGCCCCGCGCCGUAACACGGCCGUUGCUGCCAUCCUAGGCAACGAUUUGGUCGAGCGUAUCCGUGAGGGUGGUGGCGGUGGUGCUGGGAGUACCUUGGGCUAUCGGUCGUAUGGCGGAGGGAGAGACAGAGGCGAGAUUGAUGUGGAAACCCUUCUCGAGGGUGCGGAGAAGCUCUGCGGUGUCUACCAUAUCCCGGGUGUCAACCAAAAGAUCGCGCAGCUCAGGCAGAGGCAUGCACGGCUCACGUCGUCGCUCGAACACUACGAGCUGCGCGUCGCCGAACAGCAGGCAACCCUCGCCCGCAUGAACAAGCCGCGCGACGAAUAUGCCGACGAGGCUGAGGACGCCAUGCAGCCCGAACCAGAGCCGGUGGAAACGCCUUUGACCAUGGAAGAUCUGAUGAGAGAAGAGGAGGAGAUCAGAGCUCUGGAAAACAAGAAGCGUGGCUUGGAGGAUCGCGUCAACUCCAUGGGAAAGGACAUAUAUGGCGUGCAAAGAGCUCUCAGAUGA